AGAAAAAAAGAGGGAAAAAGAAGAAGAAGAGGAGGAGAGCAGCGAGUCUCAGGUGUAAUUAUGGCGAGAUGUCUUGGGUUGGUGUGGAUCUGUGAAUGCCUCGCAACAACCAUGAAUUUACCGCUAAAAUGGAUUAAAAAGCGAAAAUACUAACUACCAGGACGAAGAUGGUAGGAAGAGGGUGGUGGGUGCUGGCGUGGACCGUGUGUGCUGGCUGGACGGUGUGUGUGGUGUGUGCGGGCUUGACCUGCCAGCUCGGGCAGGAGUUCUUCAGUGAUCGGCAAGGGCAUUGCGUGCCGUGUACACGCUGCCACGACCCCCAGGUGGUGGUGGUGCCCUGCUACGUGUACCAGGACACAGUGUGUGCCCCAGCUGCCCAGUUUAUACCCAACUGGUCACAGCCCGGUCGACCCCAGCUCCCCAUCACCCUCUCCACAUCCCCUGCCCCACACACCAAGGAUGCCCGCACCCACACCAGGCACAAAUCCGGCACCCCCAGCGAGGCGGAAGGGGAGGAGCCUAAAAAGGCCAAGGGCACUGGCCACGCAAAACCCCAUGGCAGCAAAUCUGGCAUCAGAAAACACAGUGUUGGUGCCGAGGGUAGCGUCUCACUGUCUGCCCAAAAUGACUCGGAGAAGAGCAGCAAAGAACACUCUCGGCACAGCCACCGCCACAGACACCUUGGGCCGCAGACCCAGCCAGGCAUGUCGGGGGCUGAGGAGUCCGAGGCUAACAGUGAAGGCGUUCAUGAACACAGUGGUGCUAGCAGUGGUCUGGAGGAAGAGGCGAGUGGGGGCAGAAACAGUAGUGGCAUGGAGUCAGCCAGCAGAGACAUUGGUGAUGGUGCUAAUACUAGUGAUAAGGUGGAGGAAAGUGACUCAGAGCAGCCUGAAGGUGUCGGGUGGAAAGAAACGUUUUUGUUUGCUGCCAUCAUCGUGAUCAGCAUCUGCCUCGUUGUGCUCACCGUCGUCACACUAAGUCACUUAAGGAAUAUUCUGGCGCGUCGAAAACUGAAAAGGGUAUAUGAUGGAAUUCCAUCUGAGGGCAGCAGGGAGGCGAGAGUAAUGGAGCAGCUGUUGCCUUCCUCCCUUGACGGUGCCCCCGUGGUGGCCAGCCGAGGCACCGUGACCUACAUCAGGGCCACCACCGCCGCCUCCUCCACCCCAUCCUCCCCUGCCAUCACCACCACUGCUUCCAUGAGUGUGGAGGCUCAGAGAACCUCUGGUCAUGUGAUGGACAGAUUGCUGGAACAACGUAGGGUGCUGGGCCCUGCCUCCUCUGUGGACACCAAUUUGUACAUUGAGAGUUGGCAGCAGCAGGACACCCAGCCGGCCGGGCACACGGGGCUCAUCAUGCAGAACCAUUGCUCACCACUGCGAGGCACAGUGUCGGCCUGCCCCAGCCCUGCACCAGUCCGCACCUAUCGCCCAGGACCUGCCUCAGCCUCCGCUAGUCCCACAGUCUCUGUCAGAGGACUGAACAUCACUCGGGGACACGUGCAAAGGGGCCUUGCCCCACUGACGUGUGCAGUGUUGGAAAGUGGGCAUGGAGGGUGCUCUUGAGGGGCUCCUCUGUGCUCAUAGGGAUCUGCCAACUCAAGACAGUGUGGGGCUCAACUCCCUGAAGUGCUGGCUCAUAGCUCCUCUCUUGUGUGUACCGUGAAGGGGCCAACAUGGAGCAACAGUGCAAGCGCUUGUUUCAGUGGCUGGCUCCCUUACUCUACACUGGGAGGCUUGACACAGGGCACCUUCAUCACUCUUUGUUAGGUCUGGUAAACUCAGAGGCAAAAAUAAGGAUGCCAGGAAAAGAAUAAUGCACAAAGUGAUUCAGUUUGGAAAAUAUUUCUACGCAACAUUAUAUCAACACUGAACAGACAAGCUUUGGAAAAAAUGGUAAUGGACGAGGAAUACUAUAUUGAAAGUGGUACUACUACAUUCCAUUUCUUUGUAAUUUUUAUACUCUGUACAACAAAUGACCAAUUUUUUGAACUUUAACAAAAAGUGUACAUAUGUAUAGCACUAUAUUUAUGAGACAUGUAUAUAAACAAUCGAUUUGUGUGCCAGUCUUUUGAUAAUUCAUUGAACGGAGACUUGCUAGUGAUAAGCUCAAGUUGAAGGCUAGCUACCUGCUGCUCAAGAGUCAGUCCACAGGUAAGGCUCACCACAAAGUGAAGUCCUGGGAGUUAGGAGGAACAUACAUCACCCACACUUAUUAACACAGUGAGUGUAGGUGUUCACGAGUGCCAUAUUGGGUGUUCCCAAGCUGAUGUGUUCUGUGCCAUAAUGAUGUAGUGAAGUACUGGAAGAGGCUCGCUGUAACAUGAACAAGAAUAAUAUUAAUGCCAUUGUAUAAUGAACAGAAUCUUCAAAAGGGACAUUACUUUUACUUCAGUGAUAAUGAUAUCUGAUGUUCAUUUGAUGAGGAAUCUGAGGCAAAUAGUUGAGGCUUGCCGUCAGACAAAGGGCCCCACACAGGCCUCUGAAAGCAGUUGUGUUCAGUUGUUCAGUCUCAGCUGCUAAGACAGCUUAAUACUGCCAUUGCCAUGACUAGGAAUAAAUCCCUCUACUCAUGAAAACAAAACAUUUCAGGAAGGAUGGAAAAGCAUGUUUGUAUCUCUGAGGUAACUCUACACAAGUACAUUCAGAGUGACAAUGUUACUGUAAGCACCUGUUGAGUGCCCAAGCUCAGCGGUGGCCAGUUUGUAUUUGUGAGAGCAAGAGUUUGUCUUGGUCACAUCCAUGUCUUGGUGGGAGAAGUAGUGCUCUCUCGUGGCCACGGAAGAGCUGCAUGUAUAGUUAGGUUGUUCAGCUCGGGGAUUAUUUAGGGCAGUGACAUUUGGUCCAGGAGAUGGAUGCUUGUGGCUGAGUGAGGUGGGCAACAUUUUCUUCCAUUCUUCAGUUAUACAAGUGCUGAUGUGCAACUCCUUCCUGCCUCAAGUGUCAUCACUGAAGGUUGUGCAACCAACCUUUCUCAAUUCCGGCUCCGAAAAGAAUAACGAUGUUACAAGUAUUUUUCUACACUAAUGGUAUAUUUUUGCAGUAGUAGUUCAGUCAUAGCGAUUAAGAUAUAAUUUUUAUAUGAAAUCUUAUACAAUAAUAUUUCUUUAUUUGCUGAGGGAGAGAAUUUGCUCAUUAAAUGUAAUCAAAUUACCUGGUUUAAGAUAUGCUACAUGAUGUUACAUUCCCUAGUCACAUGUACCUCUAGAAGUAGACUCUGAAUACUGUGUAGUAGAUUCAAGAGAAAUCCACCUAACUUCUUUUUUUGUACGUAGGUAAUAAAAUAUUCUGGCUGUUAACGAAUUUGUAUGAAAACUCAGUAUCUAUUUUGAUGACAAAGUAUUAUAUUUGUAUUGACUGACAAGUAUUAGUGGCAAAAAGAAGUGUUAGCCCCCAGCUCUGUGCUCUCCUCCCCUGUGAACAAGCCCUAAGCCUGCAAGGAUCACCACCAAGGUACAAACUGUGUGCUAGUAUUCAAUAGGACUGAACUGGACCCUUCUUGGGCACAAAACUCAACAUGGCUAUAAUAAUGUACAAGGCUCAAAAAUUAACUUUUGAAAACUAUAUUAUUGAUCAGAGAAUGUACUGACAGUUACUAUUAUGUUUUAUUGUGAAAUUGGCCAUAAACAUAGAGGUUAGUCAUUGCAACUGUAUUAUUGAUUGCAGAAUGUAUGGACAGUCACUAGUGAAUGAGGCCAUACUCUUAAGUUAGUCAUUGAAAGUGUAUUUAUCACAGUUAAUAGUGAAGAAUGCCACAUUUUCAAGCCGCUCAUGGCCACACAGGGCCUGGGGCGGGGCGAGGCAGGGCCGGGGGGCAGCACAAGGCUUGGGUGCUCUGGUCAUCCUCACGCUGAGGACCGAGUGAAAGGAAUCUUGGUAACCUGCAACUGUUUACCAAGAAGUCUGUUGAUGUACUGUGUUUGUUCAUGUAAUUAACUCCUCGAUGAUGAAUCGUUGCUCACUGCCAGUUUCUUUGUCAGUGAGGAGCAAGGCCCCAGUACUCAUAUGUUCAUUGAUACAUUUUGUUUUCUAAAAUGUGUAUCCUGUGCUUGUUAUUUGGUUGGAACUUACAUAUCACCUCACAACUUUGCAAUCAAACUUGAAUCUCAAAUCAGAACAUGUACUUUUCACAAAAUAUACUUACGUGAAUAAAGUUUUUAUUUCAGU